AUGUCUUUCCCCGGGAGAGCCCCAAUGAGUAUGCCAGGAGGACUACCGGGAAUGGCCCCUCGCAUAAUGCCCCAAGGAUAUCCAUUUACACCAAUGAGUAGUAUCUCUAUGCCAGGUAUGAACCCAAUGAUGCCGAUGCAGAUGGGAAUGAUGGCUCCGAUGAUGAGACCUGUGAACAUGAUGGCUCCUCAGCUCCCACAAAUGCAACAAAUGCAACAGCAGCAGCAGCUGAAGCAAAAUAAAAAGCUAGUUCCCCAAGAGAUUCCAAAGAUGGACACAAAAGAAGACAAACCACCAGUGACAACAGUGUUUGUAGGCAACAUCAGUGAACGAGCCCCAGACAUGAUGAUCAAACAGAUGCUGCAGAGGUGUGGCAAUGUCAUCGGCUGGAAGCGAGUGCAAGGUGCUUCAGGAAAAUUACAAGCUUUUGGCUUUUGUGAAUAUGAGGACCCAGAGGCCACAUUGCGCUGCAUUCGUUUGUUGAAUGAAUGGCAGAUUGCAGACAAGAAACUAAUGGUGAAAGUUGACACGAAAACCAAGACUUUGCUGGAUGAGUAUCGCAAGAAGCAGAAAGAAGCAAGCAUGGCUGUGAAAACUGACACAGCAGACAAUGGAGACAAGAAAGAAGAGAAGGAGAAUGCUGAUAAAGAGGAGAAGGAAAAUGGGGAAGACAAUACAGAUGAAACUGCUGAUGAGCUUGAUGAAGAUACUAAACGAGAAGAUAGAGUUGCUGCUGCAGGCUUGGAAGCAAUUAUGAAAGAAUAUGCCUUUGAACUGGCCAAGGAGCCCAUGAAACUGCCAGAAGCUGCUUCGGAUAAAGAUAAACCCUUGCCAAAGAAGGACAAAGAGUUACUCCUACAUGCCAAAGAUACGGGUUUUGAAGAUAUGGACCUGGAAGAUGACAAGCGGGAGAUCAUCAACAGGGAAAUUCAUAAAUUCAGAGAUAGACACAAGGAUGAUGAUGAUGAGAAGGAUAAGGACAAAGAAAGGGAAAGAAAUAUUAUUAGGGAAAGAGAACAGCGUAGGCUAGAGGAAAAACGACAACGAGAGCGCUUGGAGAGACUUAGGGAGCAGAGAGAAAGAGAGUUGAACAGAGAUAGGGACCGCGACAGGGACCGUGACAGAGACCGUGUCAGUACAAGAGCCUCCAGAUCAAGGUCACAUUCACCAUCACCAGUUUCAUCACGUUCCAGAAAGAGAUCUAGGUCACGAGAGAUGACUAGUCGAGACAGGUCAAGGGAGCGGCGGAAAGAAAAAGAGAUAGAGGAGGAGGAAGAAGCUUAUGAAAGGAGGAAACUGGAAAAGAAAUUGCGCGAGAAAGAAGCAGCAUACCAAGAG